AUGUGCCUCGCCUCUCGUACAAUAACAGGCUCGCACACAGCGUUGGCUAGCGAUCCUACCAGCAAACAAUGGAAAGAUUUCGCUGCAAAAGAGUUCAUGGAGAACAAAACUCGAUUGACACCCUUCACAGAGUCCAGCGCAUCUCCUCCUCUCUCUCCCUCUCAAACAACCAAACUUGCUGUUCGAUCACACGACCACGACGAUGACAACCCCACUGCCACUGUAGUCAGUAGUCCAAAUCCUGGUUCACCAUGGUUGGAAUUUGCAGCACACAACCACGAGACGCAACCACCACCGAGACAUGUCAACACAUACGAUGCUUCACGAUCGAAAAGUCCACCGAGUUGUGCAACGUUGAAAAGGAGUAUCAGCGACAAGGUUGGGCAGCAACAACAACAGCAACGGGGUGAUCUGGUUGGCAUGCAACACUACCAAGAGCAACUAUACCUAUAUGCCCCACAGCUAUCAUCCGAUCCACCAAAGUGCUUCUGUAAUCAACCUGCACACAUACGCAACACAUCCGACCAUGGCAUUGUAUAUGAAUGCUAUCGUGUAACAACAUCCUCAGAUAGCGCUAUGCAAAGUUUGCCAGUAUGUUGUACAUUUCAUGUGCACAAGGAACCAUGGUCUUCCUUUCAACAAGCAUUCCACAAUGGUCGACGUAUCGAUCCCAACCAUCCACAUCUCCAACAAUGUUCAGCAUUCAACUAUACCUUCCGCACCAUCUUUCGUACCGAAAACGCAUAUCCAAUGAGAUUACCCAUGUCUCCUUUAUGUUAUUGCAACCAUCUUGUACGUCCACAUCAGGACUAUACUCGUACCAACAACAGGAUGGCCUUGGUAUGUCCAAAGAUGGCCUCAGACCUAUUGCGUUACAAGGCAUGCCAAUGGUUUAUGUGGGCUGAGGAUGCAAAGGCUUUGCAAUCAGCGUUACCCCAUCCAACAUCAUCAUCUUUAUCCGAUACUAUCAGCACCACCCAUCAUGACGACAUCUCAGCCAGCAACACGACCACCAGCAGCAUUGACAAGAAGGAGAAGAAUGAUCGCAAAGAUGUUGAAGAUAACGAUGAGACAAGUUCAACAGUAUCCACGAGUCAACAAUUGAAACACAGCAACGACUUUAGUCGAGAUAAUGGAUUAAUGACAGCACCAUCCUCACCGAACACAUUGGAUGCGAAAUCCACAACCACGUCCGAAGAUGCUUCCAUCUACAAAGCUACACCAGUGCACAUGAUUCAACCACCCUCCAAACAAUUAUCACCAGACACCGACAAAAGUCUUGAAUUGAUACGUUUACUCAAGGGAGCCAAGGUGCCUGAAUGGUAUUCAGACGACCAACAUCAUCAUCACCAGCAUCAUCCAGAUACUGUAUAUCAUGGAGACACAGCUUCUUUGGAUAGUGACGAUCAUUCAUCUACACAAUCCACAGUCCCUGGUAGCCCUUCAUCUCCUUUCAAGGUAUCCAUGCCUGUUCCUGCUUCAGUAUACGCUCGUAUCUUGUUGGAUAAGAAGAAGUCAGAGUAUGAUGAUGAACAAGUCUCGACGCUGAAUCAACAUGCCUUGAUGAUGGAGAAUGAAUUGAAACGGCUUGAGGAUGAGAAUCAGCAAGUGAAAACGGUUUAUGCGGCCAAGGAAGAUGAGUGGAAUAGUCUUUUGCGAGCACACGAAGAGGAUUUGGCAGAGAUGGAUCGUUGGGAAGAAAAAAUCAAGGACCUUGUCAAGUUGGAUAAUGCAAUGGAGUUGCUAUGGGACAAUACUUGCGAUAUAGCUGAAGAGGAGAUAUCGAAUGUGCGAAAGGCGAAGCAGUGCGAGAUCAUGAUCAACAAGUUGAAACGAGAUUUGGUGGAUCGUAUGGAGCAGCUCAAGUUACAAAUCGCAAAGAAAGAGGACCUGGAUGAAAGAACUUCUUUAAGGGAUUUCAAAUGCCGAGUAUGCUUCCAAGAAAACAUCGAAGUAGCACUUGUACCAUGCUUCCAUUGCUCUUAUUGUAGGCCAUGUGCAGAGAAGCUUACGGAAUGUGCGAUUUGCCGUACCAUCAAGUUUGGUGUUCAGACUGUAUAUUUGAGCUGA